AUGUUCGGCGCUUCCAGUGACUGCCCCACGAAUCACAGCUCCCGUCACCCCCCUGACAGCUCACACAGUGCUCACACCCUUGAAAUCUUUCACACCCACCCACGCACACAACGACCAUUUAACUGGGCCCCCAAGGUGGCCAAGCUCGACCUGCAGGCUGCAGGCUUGUUCGCUGCAGGUUUGUCCUCUACAUUCCCCUUCUUGGAUCCUCAGAUCCUGAAUGGUUGGGAUGAUCCAGAAUACAGCGGCGAUUUAGCAAUCGAAGGAUCCAUGGUUUUGCUACUCACCGGACACCUGGCUCCAGUGCUGACGGGAGGGCAGCCAAGCUUGAUUUUCAUAUGGUUCUUGGUCUAA